AUGGAAAAUGAGGAUAGUUUUGCCGAUCACAUCUCACAAGAAGUUACGGAAUAUCCAUAUCCUGAUUCCACACAGAUCGAAUAUUUACAAAUACCAAUACGUAUUGCCAGAGACUACAAUACUUUGGAAGAUGUAGAACUCGGGCAAACUGUUAUUUACGAACGUAGCUCGAAAUCCCGCACUGUUUUUAGAAUAUUUUUCUUCAUUUUGAUAAUAUUGAUCUAUAACUACGUUGGGAACAAAAUUCAACCUUUGGUAAUAGACUAUGCUGAGCAUUAUGAUAAACUCAUGCUUGAAGUGUAUAAUAGCAGUUAUCCAAAUCAAGUUGUGGAAGAUGAAUACAUGUGCUUUUAUGAGAAGAACUCAAUCCUACCAGAUCAUCUCGGUAUUCAGAACGAAGAUGGUGCUCUUUCAUGUGAUGAUUGUGAUAAUGUACCGGUGGAAAUCUUCGCCACAAAAGAACAUUCGCUAAACGUCUUCCAUAAUUUAUCGUGUCCUUCGUAUGGCUUUGAAUACACGUUUUUCUUAAAAGAAAAAAUGUACACCUCUAUUUUUGAUGAGUAUCUCGAAGAAUCGAUCAAUGGCUUUUCAGACAACUCUCCUGAUAAUGAAAAUACAGGUGAUCUUGGAUUCGCAUCUGUCAACAUCGAUCAUUUCCAGGAAAAGUCUUCAGCAUCUAUACACAUGCAAGGUAAAACAAAAUUCUUCGUUUAUACGCUACAAAUAGGUUUUUUACUAGAUUUACCAAUCACUGACACUAGUGAUUGA